UUACUGCAUUAUUGAGCUUUUUUGUUAAUGCAUUGUCCUCUUGACACGUUGCCAUGUCGUGUUACCGGGUGUCUCUCUCAAGAAACCAAUUCUCUUGCCAGACAGCUAGCUAAUGUGUGAUUCGCUGAUCCGUUUCACUUCUCUUCGUUUACUGAUAAAAAGCCUUCCAUAAAACAAACCCUGUCCACCCCAUUACCAAAAAGUAGUUUUUUAACGCAUAGAUCAUGCUGCUGGAAUAGUAACUCCAUUCACUGCAGAUUAUUAGCAUUCCCUUUUUGUUCAGCGCUGGAUCUUCAAGCUUUAAUAGAAUCCUCCUGGUUUUCACUUCUGGCGCUUCGUUUUUGGCAAGAAAAUGGUGUGCUAUCAAAUGGAUUUUCUUGAAUUAUAACAUUUUAAGCCUUUGGAGAUUGAGAAAAGAUUAGGAAUUGAAUCUCAUCGAAACUGCAAACAUGGCUAUGGCUCCUACAGUGAAAGUAGUUCUAGGCUUAAUUGCUUUUGCAAUUUUCUGGGUACUGGCAGUUUUCCCUUCUAUCCCUUUUCUACCAGUUGGAAGAACUGCAGGUUCCCUCCUGGGAGCUAUGCUGAUGGUUGUGUUUCGAGUCCUAACCCCAGAUCAAGCAUUUGCUGCAAUUGAUCUGCCAAUCCUUGGUCUUCUCUUUGGGACAAUGGUUGUCAGUGUUUAUCUUGAGAGAGCAGAUAUGUUCAAAUACUUAGGUAAGUUGCUCUCCUGGAAAAGCAAGGGAGCCAAGGACCUGCUUUGUCGAAUUUCUGUGAUUUCUGCCAUUUCAAGUGCUCUUUUCACUAACGACACCUCUUGUGUGGUUUUGACUGAAUUUAUAUUGAAAAUUACAAGGCAACAUAAUCUCCCACCUCAUCCUUUCCUACUUGCCCUUGCCUCAAGUGCAAAUAUUGGGUCUUCUGCCACUCCAAUUGGCAAUCCUCAAAACCUGGUUAUAGCUGUUCAGAGUAAGAUUGCUUUUGGGAGUUUUGUUUUCGGAAUUCUACCGGCUAUGCUCGUGGGAGUUGUUGUGAAUAUUCUGAUCCUUAUGUGCAUGUACUGGAAGUUGUUAUCUUCUGCUCAGAAGGAUGAAGAAGAUGCAACUGCAGAGGUUGUUGCAGAUGGCGAUGUCAUUUCUCAUCGUUUUUCACCUGCCACCAUGUCACAUCUUACAUCUUUAAAUUCUCUAGAAUGGAAUUCUAGACUAGAAUCAGUGAACAUGCAAAGUUCUCCCAAUAUGAGUGGUCAAGUAAACCAUGCUGAGACUCUUAGAAACCGAAUAAAUUCAACUGAGAACGAAAUCCACAGUGACUCUUCUAGUGUAUACGAGUCUGCAAGAAAUUCGAGUGCAUCAAAAGAGAUAACAAAUGAUGCUUCUUCCCAGAAAAGAGACGAAACUGUCUCUUCAAGGAGGAUAGAGUCAAUGGAUAGAUCGAGAGAUUUAUCAUCAAUGCAGUUUUCAUCAGGAGACUUUGCCACAAAAUGGAAAAGGAUGCUGUGGAAAUCAUGUGUUUACCUUGUUACCAUAGGCAUGUUGAUUGCAUUUUUUUUGGGUCUGAAUAUGUCAUGGACUGCACUUACUGCUGCUCUUGCUCUUGUGGUUCUUGAUUUCAAGGAUGCUCAACCAUGCUUUGAGAAGGUCUCGUAUUCCCUUUUAAUUUUCUUUUGUGGAAUGUUUAUCACGGUUGAUGGCCUUAACAAAACUGGAAUUCCAAGUGCUCUGUGGGACUUCAUGGAGCCUUAUGCACGCAUAGAUCAUACUGCUGGAAUAGUAAUUCUUGCCCUUGUCAUACUUGUGCUGUCAAAUUUUGCUUCAAAUGUACCAACUGUUCUCUUGCUUGGAGGACGGGUAGCAGCCUCAGCAGCUGCAAUUUCAGCUGCUGAUGAGAAGAAGGCCUGGCUCAUCUUAGCUUGGGUGAGCACAGUAUCUGGGAACCUUUCACUAUUGGGAUCAGCUGCCAACUUGAUAGUCUGUGAGCAAGCUCAUCGCGCCCCACACUUUGGUUACAGCUUAUCUUUUUGGAAGCACCUUAAAUUCGGAGUUCCAUCUACUAUUAUUAUUACUGCCAUUGGUUUAAUACUUAUUAGAUGAUACUUGUGUUUUUAAGCUAGAACAGUCCAUAUUUCAUUUACAGUUACUUGUGUUUUUAAGCUAGAACAGUCCAUAUUUCAUUUACAGUUUUUUGGCUCAAAAGAUAAUAGACCCCGGGUGUAUCAAAUUGGGUGUUCUUGAGAAAUGUGGAUCCGUAUUUCUUUCA